AUGGGUAGAAAACCAACUAAGCCUUCGCUGAAGAUACCAUCGUUUUUCAAGGUCCUGGUUGGUGACUUCUCUCAGCGUUUGUGUAUACCACCUGCAUUUAUGGACCAUGUCAAUGGACGAUUGCCUCCCAAAUGUACUCUUAGAGAUCCUCGUGGAGACUGUUGGACAGUGGGUUUGGAAGUGAGAGGGGAUAGAUUUUUCUUCCAUGAGGGUUGGCAGCGUUUUGUGAAGGACCAUUCUCUGGAAAUUGCAAAUGUUUUGGUUUUUGAUUAUGAUGGCAAGUCCAAGUUUGAUGUCGCAGUGUAUGAUCCAAUUGGCUCUGAGAAGGAGUUAGAACCAGCCAAGAAGAGAAGGGGAAAUCAAGCUCGAGUAAAGGAGGAGAUCAUUGAGCUUGACACUGAAGAACCUGACGAAGACAGUGAAGAAGAUGCUCGUAUGUCGAACAUAAGGAAGCGCAAGUCUCUCAAGUCUGGAAAGAGGAUUGCAAGAACUGAUGGUGGGAAAGAAACAUCAAAUGCACCUAUUCUGUUCAGAUCGAAGCAUCUAUGCUUCAUUCGAGCUAUGAAGAAGAACCGCUAUCGCUUGAAUAUCCCAAAGGAGCUGGCUGUGGCUAAAGGUCUCAUUAGAAAGACGAGUGUAAGGGUUGAAGACCCAAAUGGGAUAUCAUGGGAUGUUAAGCUAAGGCUUGAUGAAAAAGAACAUAACGGUGGUCGUUUGCUCAUGACAAAAGGGUGGUCAGAAUGUUGUCAAGCGAACAACAUUUCACUUGGGGACACAAUGGUUUUUGAGCUUGUCAACGUCAUGCGCGGGGGAAUGAAAAUGCAUAUUUUCCGAGGAAAUAGUUAUGUUGUAUUGGAUGCCUCUUGUGUCAAAUAUUAG